CGUAAUAAUUUUGAGUUGAGAAGAGAAGUAUGGAAAAAUAUGUAAAUUGCAAACAAAAGUCUAACAUUUGCUAAUUCGUUAAAUAGACUUUAAUUAUUAGUUUUUGUAGUUUGGUGAUAAAUUUUUUAACGAAAUAAAAGCAUAAUGUUGCGUGUAAAUAUUUGGAUCUUUUAACUAUUGACAACAUAUUUGCCAAAUGUUUUCAACAAUAAGUAAAAGUAUAUUGGUAAAAAUAUAAAAAAUAAUAUGUUUGCAGUCACCAAGUGAAUAUAAAUAAUUUGCUUUUGCUGCCAUAUUAUUCGUGUGUAUGAAAAUACACGUGAGUUCAUCGAUAGGUAAUACAAUAUCAUUUCUGGCUACAUCCAUCCUAAUGGAAAGCACAUCCUUAAUUAGUCUGCGCUCUAUACUGUGCAGUUGUUUGCAAAUACUACGCCUUUAUGAUUGGCUUGUAAAUUCAUAUAUAUUGGAUUUUUACAUUGAUCAUCAUUGGAAUAAGUUGCCGGAAAGUUGGCGGCUACAUUUGGAACACUUGCAUCCUGAAGAGUUAACUACUCUUUUAAAUUAUAACAAGUUUAGUAAGCAGAAGCAUGCUGUUUGGCCAUUGUCAAUAUUAGCUUUACGUCACUUAUUAUUACAAUUGAGUAUACCAAGAAAUCAAUCUACAAAUUCAAUCGAAUUGAGUGCAUCGCAGAAUCCUGUUCUUAGCGACAGAAAGCUUGGGCAUGCAUUUAAUAAAUGCGUUAAACCUAAGAAACGCCAUGAAAUACAGUUAAUGGCAUCCAUUUGUGAAUACAGCUGUCAAAUAUCGCCAGUUGAUUUUGUUGUGGAUUUCGGCGCUGGCUUAGGCCAUCUUGCACGAGUACUUGGUUAUGGCUACGGCGUACAAGUUUCAUGUAUAGAAAUGCGUUCGGAACUUAAUACUCAAGCACGCUGCAUUGACACAAAAUUGGAAAAUGUUAUUCAAAAACAUUUGCAAACAGCGAAUCUACCUUGUUUUAAACGACCAAAACAUGUCACAUUAUGCAUAACACCAGACAUGCAACCACAUCAGUUUCUUCAUAUAAUUGCGGAAUCACAACAUAAGCCAAAUACAAAUUUUAAAUUUGGGAUAAUUGGUUUACAUCCCUGUGGGGAUUUAGCAGUUAUAUUAAUGCGUAUGUUCGCCAAUAUUCCUCAGGCCCGUUUUCUUAAUUUUGCUAGUUGUUGUUAUAUGAAAUUAACUACGGCUGAAACACAAUCUAAUAUUAAACUACAAGGAUACCCUCUUAGCCAAUACUUAUUAAAACAAAAGGAAUUCUCGUUUUUGAGUUAUGAAGCUCUUGAGAUAUMUUGUCAUGCUAUGGAAAUAUAUUGCGAUCGUCUGGCUAGAGGUGAUUAUGAAUAUUUAAAAGUACAUUCAAUUCGAGCGGCUGUAGAGCGAAGUACUAUUAUUAACCUGCCCAAUUUAAAACAUUGUGGGCUACGAAGUGUGAAGCAUGUUCCUGGUAUGGACUUCGAAGAUUAUUUCUACAAAGCGACUCAAGGAGUUGAAGCGUCCAAUUUACCGCGUUCUGAUUUGCAAACUUCAACAACCCAAAAUGAUUUACUUCAUUGGCGACGAAUUGUUAUUUUUUACACUCUCCGACUUAUGUUUGCACCGCUAAUAGAGAGUAUAAUACUAUAUGAUCGGGCUUUAUAUCUUCAAGAAAAUGAAUGUCAAGUAAAGAUUAACGCAACUUUUGAUCCUCGCAUAUCUCCACGGAAUCACAUAACUUGUUCCUUCAAACUCAAAUAAUGUUGUUAGAUGUUAUUUAAUAUUUUCCAUACAAGUUCCGCUACAAUGCACUUUAAUUUGCUGUGAUAAUGAAGUAGCCAAUUUUGUCAGAUACUUACAUUUGGCGAUGCCGAUUUAUAGAUAAACUGUCUUUAAAUUAGUUAAUCGUUAUCUCUUCCAAUAAUGGCUAACAUGUAUAAAAUGUUGCAUAAAAAGAAAUUCAGAUAUAGUUACUUCGAGAAUGUUCCAAUUUGUUAGAUGAGCGCAUAAUUAUAAUUUAUAAUUAACAAAUAAACAU